AGCAAGAUGGCUUCAGCACUGAGUCUGUUCUUUCCUUAUUGUUCAAAAGGAGGACGAUGGAGUUGUCUCCAGAGUCAUGGAGGGUUUCAGGGGCCGCGGCCGCACUUGGCCUUCUACUAUGGCUCCUCACUCAUAGAGCCCUCAAAGCUAAGAAUGGAAGCCUUAGAAGCCCCCCAGCGGUGCCGGGGUGGCCAGUUAUCGGGAAUUUGCAUCAAAUGAAGGGCGCGGUGCCUCACAUACUCUUCACCAAAUGGGCUCGAAAAUACGGUCCCUUGUACACCAUCAAGACUGGGACGACCACCCUUGUUGUUGUCACCUCUUCUGAGCUCGCCAGAGAGGUGAUGGUGACGAGGUUCCCGUCAUUCUCGACGAGGAAACUCUCAUGGAUUUUCAUGUUGGCGACAGCAGAUAAGUGGAUGGUGGCCAUGGCUGACUACGGGGAGCGCCAUAAGCUUCUGAAAAGAUAUUAUCUCUCUUCAGUCCUCAACCCAAACUCUCAGGUUUAACUCUCGAGACCUAAAGUGUUAUUUUAUUUUAUUUUUUUAAUACCUUAGCUAGAGAGUCGAUUAGAAUGGAACUCAUUACGUCAUGUUGUGGUACUUGUCACACGUGCACUUAUGAUUUCAGUCUAUCCCCUUUAUUGCGCUCUGGCACCUAACUCAGGCCCUAAACUGUUCGAGUCGCUCCGGUGAGACCGAGUCAACAAUGACUGAUUUGCCUAUAAGACAGGGAGUCCCUAGUAGCUCCAAUAAUUCUGCUGUUCCCAUCUAAAUUGUGUUAAAAGCUACUUAUUUGGCCAUCUUAGGUAGAAUCCAGGUAUUAUAGUACUUGUUAGCAUCCAAACAGUAUUAUAUGGGCAGAGUGACUGUUUUAUAUGGGCAUAAGGCAGCCUAGGGGUGGUUAUUGAAGUCAAAACUAUCCAUUCUUUUCAUUGUUUUUUAAUGUAGAUGACCUUUUUCUCAAAGCAAAUCCCAUCUUUUCAUAAUAUAUACAAUUAGAGGCUUGAAUUGGAAACAAUGGAAGAGGUAGGAAUAUAGAAAAUAUCUGGACUUUAUGAGAUUUUAUGUGAUAUUUUAAUGAAAAUAUAUACUGGUAAAGAAAAUCCUUUCAAAUUGAGUCUUUAUGAGAUUUUCUGUGAUAUUUUUAUGAGAAUGUAUAUUGGUAAAGAAAAUCCUUUCAAAGUGAGAGAUUUUAGAAGAACUUUUGGUGCACGAGAAUAAACAUUAAUAUUAGAUAAUGGGGUGUGGUUUGUAUAGAACCAAGGCUCUAAACAAUCAAAGUAAAACGCAUCUUCAAAUAGUA